AUGAGGACAUUAGCGGCAGGGCUCAUGGCCGCUGCCUUCCUGCUGGUCGUCUGUGUCCAGUCAGUGACAACCACGGACGACGACGUGAUGCCGCGCAUCACUUUCCCAUAUAAUGCAAAGGAAAGAUCAGCCAAGAGGUUCUCGGCUGAGGGUGUCUUCAAUUAUACGUCGCUAUUGCUCAGCCAAGAGGAUGACAUGCUCUACGUAGGGGCCCGGGAGGCACUGUUUGCCCUCAGCCUCUCCGACAUCAGCAGGACUAAGCUGCAAAAGAAUCUGACUUGGGCAACCCCGCUUGGAAAGAGAGAAGAGUGCAGCUUCAAAGGGAAAAACCUUGAGACCGAUUGCUUCAAUUACAUCAAGAUUCUGCUGCGUCUCAACAGCACUCACCUGUAUGUGUGCGGCACCUACGCCUUCAGUCCUAUUUGCAGCUACAUUAACACGUCCACGUUCACGCUGGCGAGAGAUGACACCGGGGAGGUGACGAUGGAGGACGGACGCAGCCGCUGCCCAUUUAAUCCCGAGUACAAAUCAACUGCCAUCAUUGUUGAUGGUGAAUUGUACACAGGCACAGUCAGCAACUUCCAAGGAAACGAGCCUGUCAUUUACAAGAGUUUGGGUCAAGGAACGUCUCUCAAGACGGAAAACUCUUUAAAAUGGCUGCAAGAUCCAGUCUUUGUGGGCUCGGCUUACAUCGAGGAGAGUCAGCCAAUAGGGAACGCCGUGGGCGACGACGACAAGAUUUACUUCUUCUUCAGCGAGGCGGGGAAGGAAUUUGACUUCUUUGACAACACCAUUGUGUCGAGGAUCGCUCGCGUGUGCAAGGGUGACAGAGGUGGCGAGCGUGUGCUGCAGAAGAAGUGGACGACCUUCCUGAAGGCCCAGCUGCUGUGUUCCCUACCAGAUGAUGGCUUUCCUUUCAACAUCAUCCAGGACAUGUUUGUCCUAAAACCCAUGGGAGACAGCUGGGAGAGCACAGUCUUCUAUGGUGUCUUCACGUCACAGUGGUACAAAGGCGCAUCUGGAAGCUCUGCGGUGUGUGCUUUUACCAUGGCCCAGGUGGAACGGGCCUUCAGUGGACGCUACAGGCAGGUCAACAGGGAGACCCAGCAGUGGUACACAUACAACCACCCUGCACCAGAACCGCGACCUGGAGCGUGUGUGACGAACCACGCCAGACAAAUGGGAAUCCAGUCGUCCUUGCACAUGCCCGACAAGGUGCUCAACUUUGUCAAGGACCAUUUCCUGAUGGACAGCGUGAUCCGGAGCGCCCCCUUGCUGCUGAAACGCAGCGUACGCUACACGCAGAUCGCCGUGCACAAGAUUCAAGGCAUGGAGAGGGCCUAUGAUGUGCUGUUCAUCGGAACAGAUGACGGGAAGCUGCACAAGGCCGUCAACGCCAACGACAAGAUGCACAUCAUCGAGGAGAUGGUUUUGUUUCACGAACCGCAACCCGUGCAGCAUAUCGAACUGGACCCUCAAAGGGGCCUCCUGUUUGUUUCGUCCUACUCUGGCCUAGUGGAGGUUCCUGUGGCCAAUUGUUCCAACUACCUAAGCUGUGGAGAGUGUGUCCUGUCCAGAGAUCCUUACUGCGCCUGGACUGGACGUCUGUGUCGGGAUGUCCGGAUGGCGCCGCCUGACAGCCACUGGCAGCAAGAUGUGGAGGAGGCUGACACUUCGGCCAUUUGUAACAGAACCCUCUCAGGCCCGAGAUCUGCCCGACCAACAGCUGCCCGUGGAUCCCGUUGCCACCUUAUUACCAUCCCUACCAAUACUUUUCGGGUCCUUCCUUGCAAAUUGCGCUCCAACUUAGCCCAGAGGAAGUGGCGCUACAGCGCUAGCGCUAGCCAGUUCCUGUACGCCACACCCGAGGGGAGUCUAGUGGUGGUGGCGCAAGCCGACAAAACGGAGACCUACGAGUGCUGGUCGGAAGAAGAGAGCUUCCGCCAGCUGCUAGCCAACUACUGCGUGAGAGCGGAACCUCGCGGUGAGAGUACCACAGCCGCGGUGGGCCAUUCACGCACACCGCACGUGAAGCGCGAGGAGGUUAUGAUCCUCCCCGGCGAAUCUCGCUCGGAGCAGAUCCACACUAAGACUUACUGGAACGAACUCAUCGUUGUCUGCGCUCUGCUCGCUUUCUCUCUCGUCGUCUUCUCUUUGUUUGUCAUCUACCGCAAUCGCGACCACAUGAAGUCCAUGCUAAAGCAGGGCGAGUGUGCUAGCAUGCAGCAGAAGAAGCCUAGAAUUGCCGGCAAGCCCGCGGAGAGCCUGCCGCUCAAUGGCAACACAAUCCCCGUGUCCACGUCAGACCACAAGGGCUACCAGACGCUCAAUGACAACUACAUCUGCAGCACGCCAACCAGGGAAUCGUCGCCGGAGAGCAAGAGUUUCUCCGACGCGUCCGACGGGCGACCGCUCAACAUCAAGGAGAGUCAUGUGGAGUACUCGCCCACUUGUCCGCGACCAAGAGUGCGGUUAGGCUCGGAGAUUAAAGACUCUAUCGUGUGA